AUGGAUGAGAAUCAGCUUGAAAUGAUUUUAAAUACUAUACAAAAACAAUUACCCGAUGAUCAACUUUUAUCUGCUGCUCACUUAAUUUCAACAAUGCGAUAUCCAAAAGGACCUAAUAAGGGCAAAAUUUAUUCGCCAUACUUACAGAAAAAAGCCUAUGAAUCCAUAACUCAAAGUCUUUAUAAGCAUCAGCCUACAUAUAAAUCACUACAAGAAUCUAAUACAAAAUUAAAAGCUGAUUUUAAAAAGCUUCACCGACAAAAUCAAACUUUGAUUAGAAAAACACAAUCACUUGGAGUUCAAAAUAGACAUCUUCGUAAUCAGAAAUCAAGUCAUAUAUCUCAAAUCCGUUCUUUAGUUCGAUGCUCUCAUCAGAUCUCUGAUGCAACAUUUCAAAAAAAAAUUAAAUCUAUCUUUGAAGUUAACAAACGCAGCUAUACAUCUAACACUGUUUGGCUUGCAACUAAACCCCCACAAAAUUGGAUAUCAAUUUCAACAUUGCGUACUUGGCAUCAGAACGUUUCAGAAUUACAUGUUAAUGCUCAAAUCUGUCAAGUUGCCAAUGCUUCAGUAUUUGGAAUUAUGGUUGAUGAAUCAACAAGAGGUGAAACCAAAAAUUUUGUUAUGUGUUAUCAAUUCUGGGAUCAAAAAAAUCAGACACCAGCUGUAGUUAUAACCCGGCUUCAAGAUAUUCAAAAGUGUAAUGCAGAAACUGUAUGUGAUACUGUCAUUGAAAAUAUUAAACAAGAUGGUUUAGAUCUCACCAAAUGUGCGCUAUGGACAACUGACAAUACAGCUUAUAUGUCAGGGGAUAAAGGUAGUGCGAUUACACUUUUUAAUAAGAAAACAGGCUUAAAAUCAUUACGAAUUGGAUGUGGGCUCCACAUAAUUCAAAUUGUGCUUAAUCAUUUUGAGCUAGCAGCAUUUGGAAAACUAUCAAAUGGAACUGGUUUUUCAAAAAAAUCACAUCCAUAUAAUUUACUUUAUUUGGCAUGGAAUUUACAUGAUGGAUACAAUGCAAGCGAUAAAGACAAACCACUUAAUGUAAAUUCUCAAAUUAUUAAAAAUCUUUAUGAUGGAUUACUAGGAUUCCAUUACAACCAAUAUCAAUUACCUCUUCGUUCUCGAUGGGACUAUGAAUUACAAACAGCAAAACAAUAUUUAAAUCGUCAUGCUGCUCAUAUUGAAUUUACAAAUUGGUUCAUUGAAAAACUGGAAAAUCGUAAAACUACUCCUAAGACUUAUCUUGAAAAUUGGCGUCUUUUUAAAACUUGGCUAGUUGAUCCAAAAUUAAACAUUCAAGUUAAAUGUUUAUUAAUUACAUUACCUCCUGGCCGGCGUGCUCAUGAGAUGCCAGAUAAAGUAUUUGAAUGGCAUGAGUUUCUCAAAAACCUUACUAAUAACUUUGAUAUGUUUUUUUCCGAUCAACUUACAGAAGCUGCAGAUUCAUUAUCUAGCAAGGAAUUUGAGAUUCUUUUUAAUGAUUUAGAAUAUGGCAUUAUAGAGGCUUUAAAACAUUUUGAAAAAUGGUUAUUACAAUGGCUUCAUUUGCCAUUAGCAGUUUGUCUUCUUGGUGGAAAUAAUGCUCAACCAUUUGCAUCUAGUUUUUAUCAUGUUAUUCUUCAAAAGCCUUGGAUUUCUUUGCCUUCAGAUUUGGAAUUACGCUUUGCACAGGAUUUGGAGGGUGAUAUAAAUAAUGGAAUAACUAAUGACUUUGGUUUGCGUGAAUUGCUAUUGCAUAACAAUGAUUUUCUUGAAGAAUUUAAACGAUUCUGUAGUUGCGAUGAUCCAAAGUUAUACAAAUUUCUUAAUCUUUAUGAUUUCGUUAAAAAUCAUAUUUAUUUCAUUGUUAUCUUCCAACAACAGGUGGAGGGAUUAUUCAAUAAACUAGAUUUGAAGACACACCCGAAUAUGUCACCAGCAGUAAAACAAUCAAAGCUUCGUUUAUCAUCAGAUAAGAUCACAAAAGAAAAUCUGAACGAUGGAUUUAAAGAUAUACGAAAACAAAUAACUAAGUCAAGAAGAACUCCACUCCAAGAAGUCCAAUUUGGACCUAAUAUUGCGUCAACUCUUCUUAAACAAAUUCUUGACUAA